AUGCAAAACGAACGCGCGAGGGACUUUAUGCUCUUCACGAAGGAGAGAUAUUUUGGCGGGACAGGCAGCCCUACCUCGACGAGCACGUACAUAAGACCUAUCGGUGCUGUACUUCCUCUCCUGAAGAUAGAUGUUGUCAUCGAUGCAACGCAGAAGGCAGACGGGAAGCUGGUUUCCAUUAAGACAGUCAAGCGAGACGGCGACGAAGUCCGUAUCGCGAGCUAUCUCUCAAGACCAGAAGUUUCCUCACAUCCUUUGAACCACUGUGUGCGUGUGUUGGACAUCUUCCCGGAUCCUUUCGACCAGGGUGCGGCAUUUAUGGUUAUGCCAUACCUUCGGCCUUUCGACAAUCCCGAGUUGGGUGCAAUCGGAGAAGUCACCGAGUUUGUCCGGGAGACUCUGGAGGUGCGCGCAAGAAUAUGGCAGGGCGCAGAUGCUAAUAUUGUUCCCAGGGACUGGCCUUUAUCCACAGCCAACGUGUUGCACACCGCCGCAAACAUCAUGAUGGACGCUGCGCCGUUGUAUCCGCAGGGUCAUCAUCCAGUACGCCGGCUGGCCAGCUCGGAUAGCAUCUACCUUCUGUCACCGCUAUCUCGCACCGAUCAUCCUGUACGAUAUUAUUUCAUAGACUUCGGUAUCUCUUCUAUGUUCGAGGAGGGGCAAUCGCCGUAUGUUGUCGGGCGGAAAGGACGGGACAAGGAACUUCCUGAACUAUCUGACGACGUUCCAUACGAUGCUUACAAGGUUGACAUCUUCAUACUCGGUAAUCUGUACAAGAAAGAUUUCCUGCAGGUAAAGUAUCACGGUUUUGAAUUUCUUGAGCCACUGAUAAAAGCCAUGACCGCCCGAGACCCUGCACACCGUCCUGAAGCCGAGGUUGCAUUAAAAAUAUAUUACGACAUUCGUCGCGGGCUGAAUCCUCCGCUACUACGCUGGCGACUUCGUCCACGAGACGAAUCGGCGCCCGAACGCAUCAUCUACGACUCUGUCGCAGUUGCACGGGAGGGUAUAUACCGCCUCAAGCAUAUCGUCGGUUAG